GAUCGCACCUUAAACAAAUGAAAGUGAAGUGCAGUGUUUAUCAAGUGUUCCACAUAGCAAAUAUCACAUCUGCAACACUAAUCAUCUCUCCGUCUGGUAAUAAUGGUAGGUUGUAUUUUAAUGAAGCUAUAUGACUUGGAGUUACUGGAGUUUGGGGUCAAAUGAAUCCCAUCAGUCGGAAUACAACUAGGGAAUAGCGUAUUCAUAUACGUUUUUCUUGAAUUUUACCUUUAUUGCCGGAACUUUAGCUAAGACUGAUAAAUAAUAAAUGUUAUCAUUUAGUUCAGAUUUGAUGCCGUAAUAGCUUUCGAUUUAUAGACGACUUAAACAAAUAUUCUUGCAGUAGCAACUUUCUGAAAUCGAAAGAGUUGGCACUUUUUGGUAUAUAGAUGACAUUAACUCUUGAGAUACCUAAGACUGCAAAAUUUUCCAUAGCAAUGUCCAACUUGUCUAGGUAUUACUUUAAAGUUUGGUCAGAUGUUACGAUCUUCCUGAGUAACGAUGAGAACACUCUAUCCUCCAUCUUCAUUCUAGAGUACGUUGAACUCAACGGUCAUCGGACUUGUCUAGAAUAAAUUGGUAUUCGAAUCUCGACUUAUGUCCUUUGUCAACUUUUUGUGCUUUCUGAACAUAAACUUGAUCUGCUAUAGUUCAGUUGGUUUUCAAACAACAUUGCCUUAUAUAAACUUUCAAAUUGACAUACAAUAGCUUAUCACAUAGCACAUGUAGCAACGCUCAUUUAGACCACCCUAAAUCUAAGAACAAAAAAACUUUCACAAGAAAUGCCAGAGAAAGAAAUUUUACGAACUACCGUUACACAAAACAAUCUAUUGUGUUAGAAGUUACUAAUAUCGCACACGGUUUCGUUUGCGUCAUCUAGCCAAUAACGCAGGCGGUGGACAACUCACCACACUGGUAGAUAUCAUUUUAUCGGACACAUUCUUAUUGUCUCGGCCGUAACUAACACAACCUUAAGUUGUGGCGUGUCUUAUCAGCUAGCACCCGAGUGGUUAAACAUCAUUUACAACUAAACCACUUCAGGUACAUUAGGUCAUCCUCGCCCUUCCCUCCAUUCCGUUCUAACGUGUCAACAGUCCGUAUCAGUGUCGCGAGGUCUCCAUCAUACUGCUGAUGACGUUUUACGCUCGUUCAUCAAUGUGCAGUAAUCGGAAGUAAAAGAAAAAUAAACAACGUGGCAAAUGAACCUUCUGAAAAGUCGUCCAACUAGGUCUUCCAUUACGUCGUGUGCCAUUGUGGUGCAGGGAUACACGUAGUAGCACUUAGCGCUUAUCAUUGUGAAUCGUUUACGUCUAGUCUGGUAGGAGCUAUGCGAACGAUCGCAUCGUUCUCGUUCCUGGUCUAAACUAACUACUUGCGCAUUGCACUGGCGAAGAAUGGUUCCAUUGCUUACUGCGAAACAUUUGUUCUUUGUGCUAGUACUUUCGCUGGUUGUCCUUACCUACUGGAUUGUGACAGUGGAACGUGAUUCUCCCAACGAUACGGAUGCUUUGCAGCAGGAACUUAAUUUCGUACAGAACGUUCAAAAAGUCCCAGGUGGUGCUUUCGAUCCCGAUGGAACACCGGGUGAUAUGGGACUGCCGGUGAUACUACCGGAAAAACUGUCCCCCGAGGUAAUGGAACUCGUGCGAAAGGGAUGGGAUGAACAGGGUCUCAAUCAGUUCGUUUCGGACAUGAUUCCGCUGCGCCGAAGGCUACCUGACGUACGGGAUGGUUGGUGUCGGAGCCAAGAGCAAGCGAGACGAGCGCAUAACAUCCAACCCGGUACACUGCCACGUUCGGUAAUAGUGAUUGUGUUCUAUAACGAAGCCUGGUCGGUACUGUUGCGCACUGUCCACUCCGUUCUGGACAGGACGCCUACCGAGCUUAUCGACGAGAUUGUGCUUGUUGACGACUGUUCCACGAUGAGUCACCUUAAAGACGAACUGGAGAAAUAUAUUGCCUCACUUGAGAAAGUGCGCCUGGUGCGUUCCACCGAACGGUUGGGUCUUAUCAGGGCGAGAUUGUUUGGAGUGAAAGCGACCACAGCGAACAUCAUUACCUUCCUCGAUGCUCACUGUGAGGUAAUUGAAGGUUGGCUAGAAGCACUAAUCGCCCACGUCGCAACAGAUGAAACGAUGAUCGCCAUACCGGCUAUCGAUUGGAUCCACGAGAAUACGCUCGCCUUAAACGCACAGAACUCGGUAAAGUACUUCGGUUCGUUCGAUUGGUCACUAAACUUUCAAUGGCGAAGUAGAGAUCAAAGAAUCAAAUCCACCUCCAAGAACGGUACCAUCGACGUACAUCCGGCAGCACCGUACGACACACCGACCAUGGCUGGUGGACUUUUCACCAUCCACCGAAAGUUCUUCGAGCGGCUCGGUUGGUACGAUGAAGGCAUGAAGAUCUACGGUGGUGAAAACAUGGAACUCUCCUUCAAGGCAUGGAUGUGUGGUGGCAAGCUGCAGAUAGUAGCGUGCUCUCGUGUAGCACACAUACAGAAGCGCGGCCAUCCUUAUUUGCGGGAGAUUGCCGGCGGCUUAUCGGUUAUCAGGCGCAAUUCGGUCCGGCUGGCGGAGGUAUGGUUGGACGAGUAUGCGGAUUAUUAUUAUGAAACAUUCGGCGGACGUGACAAGCGAGGCAACUUUGGAGAUGUAACGGCACGGAAGGAGUUGCGUCACCGGCUACAAUGCAAACCCUUUCGUUGGUAUCUCGAACACGUCUUUCCGGAACAGUUCGAUCCGAGUAAAGCUGUAGCGCGCGGUGAGAUACGCUUUGGUGGUAAAACCCAAUAUCCGACGUGUCUUGAUUGGCCGACGCAGCUGUUGUUGGUUGGCUGUCACAGUACCGGCGGUCACCAGCUGUGGUAUCUGACAAAGCACGGCGAGGUAACGCGCGAAGAUCACUGUCUGGAUUAUGAUGGUAACGCGGUGGCAAUGUACCGAUGUCACGGUAUGGGUGGCAAUCAGGCGUGGAGUUGGGAUCCGGAGAGUAAGUUGCUGAAAAAACUUACCUUCGAUCGUUGCCUGCAGUGGGAUCGUACCUUUUCGUUAGAAGUUUGUGAUCCAAAGGCACCGAAUCAGAAAUGGCUGAUGCAAAAUUUCAAACCAAACAAUCUGUGAUGUGGAUG